AUGGAGCUGUUCCAGCACGGCCAGCACGUGCGGCUGCGGAGCCGCGCGCUGGGCACGUACCUGCACGCCGACGAUGACGGGCAGGGCGCCUCCCUCCACCACCGCCGGGCGUCGAUGAACGCGGCGUGGGCGGUGCACGUGCACCAUCCCCCCCGCGCGCAGGUGCCGUACCUGCUCCUCCACAGCGCCGCCUACGGCCUGUACCUCGCCGCCACGGACGGGCCGGCGCCGGUGGGCCUCCGCGGGUUCCGCGUCGAGCUGCGCAGCUACGACCAUCGCGAGGCGGACGCGGUAUGCUGGACGGCCAGCCGGACGGGGUCCGGGGACGACGUCCGGCUCCAGCACUUCAACCUCGGCUGCCUCCGCGCCAACGGCAAGUACCUCCCCUGGAACAACGGCGCCAGCAUCGGCCACAUCGACGGCGCCAGCACGAUGAUGCACUGGGUCGUGGAGCCCAUCCCCGCCCGGGAGACCAUGCCUCCCCUCCCACGUUCGACCGGGCUUACCCUCCCCCGGGCCGUGCUGCCGUCGCGGCAGAUCGUGUACGUGUGGACGGACAACCACGGGGACCUCAUCACCAGCGGCUGGCACACGUUCAGGGGGAGAUCCGUGUUCCACCUGAGGAAGGAGCUGGCCAGGCUGCUCAACGCCGUCCAAGUCUUGGGCGUCGGCGACCUCGUCUUGUGCCUCCCCACACGUGAUGGCCGGCUUUUCCCACUCCUCGUCGACCUGCCCAACAACCGCCAGCCCCUCCACGUCGUCGUCGUCAUCGCCGGGACGCCUCUUCACGCGCGGCUGCGGUACGCGGAUGUCGAUGCAGAGUAG